ACUAUAUUAAAAAGCACAAAAAAAAAAACAGGGAAAAAACGAAGGUUGACGUUAAGUGACGAAUAAUGUCUCCACUUCUCCUCCUCCAUCAUCAUCACCGCGACGACUUUUUAUGCUCCUCCCUUUCUCUCUCUCUCUCUCAGAUUUUCCUCAAAAAGCUUUCUGAUCUCUUUUUCUUCAUCAAUCAUCUCACUUCUUUCUAUUUCUCUCGUCCUCUCAUCGCUGGCAAUUUUCUCUUUACCCUAAUUCCACUCACACGCCGACCUUCGUAGUUCGAUCGCCGUUUUCCCAUCUUCCGAUCACAUCCUCCGGAAGAGGAAAUUUCCAAGUUAUUAGAUUUAUUCUUCCGCUGAUUUUCCCGCCAUUAUUUAUUGAUCGGAAAAUUAAAUGGAGAGAGUGAAUCUGGGAGGUUUAGGUUACGAUAACGGCGGAGUUAUGAUGACUAGAGAUCCUAAACCCAGGCUCAGAUGGACCGCCGAUCUCCACGAUCGAUUCGUCGACGCCGUCGCUAAGCUCGGUGGUGCUGACAAAGCAACUCCUAAAUCGGUUCUGAAGCUGAUGGGAUUAAAAGGUUUAACAUUGUACCAUCUCAAGAGCCAUUUACAGAAGUAUAGACUUGGUCAACAACAAGGGAAGAAACAAAAUAGAACCGAACAAAACAAGGAAAAUGCUGGAAGUUCAUAUGUGCAUUUCGAUAAUUGUUCUCAAGGAGGAAUCUCGAAUGAAUCAAGAUUUGAUAGCGGCAAUCAAAGACAAAGCGGGAAUGUACCAUUUGCAGAGGCAAUGAGACAUCAGGUCGAUGCCCAACAACGGUUUCAAGAACAGCUCGAGGUGCAGAAAAAACUCCAGAUGAGAAUGGAGGCACAAGGAAAGUAUUUGUUGACAUUACUAGAGAAAGCACAGAAGAGCAUACCUUGUGGUAAUGUAGGGGAAACAGAUAAAGGUCAAUUCUCGGAUUUCAAUCUCGCACUUUCGGGACUUGUAGGAAGUGAUCAUAAGAACGAAAAGGUGGGUUUGGUUGCCAAUAUUUCACACCUUAAUGCUGAUUCUUCUGAAGAUUUUCGGUUAUGUGGAGAACAAGAGAAAAUAGAAACCGGAGAUGCAUGUGUUAAACCAGAAUCCGGAUUUGUGCAUUUCGAUUUGAACUCCAAAAGUGGCUAUGAUCUCUUGAAUUGUGGGAAAUAUGGGAUUGAAGUGAAGCCAAAUGUGAUUACAGAUAGACAUCAAUAGGUCAAAUAGACACUUUCUUUAAUUAGUUUUUCCUCUUC